AUGGAUGCAUCGCUUUCCAUGGUGACGGACUUCAUCUUCCUUGAUCAGGAAGAUAUAUUUUUCCUUGCUCGUUAUCAUGCUGAAAGGUUAGCACAUGGUCUUCCACCAGUGCUACCCCUGAAUUUGCAAAGGGGUACCAUUCUAAGGGAGCCCUACAACUCCCACUUAACGGAUACAAACUCUGGAAGAAACUGGACUCCACGACCACCAAAUGUUCCAAUACAGGACACCAUGUCCAACGCAAUCCCUGACGCUCCGUUCUUCGUUUCUGUGGAUAACAGGACAAUCAAUCUUGGGCGAAUUUUGGAAUCAAUUGCACUUCGAACAUUGUUGAGCGCUUUCCAAGGACAGGUGCCAAUUGAUAAUGUUCAAGGGAUCGACUUGCUCGGAGACAUUGUCAUCAGUGACAAUUAUAAUUUCUUAUUUUUAUUUGUUUUAGCCUACUCGUUAAAUCCGGAAUAUUACGGCUACUACGGAGUCCAUAACACGGGUCACGUUUUAAUCUCUUUAGUGUUGGACCCAGUUCAGGAACUUGGACUUCCGCCAGGCGUGAUGGGUGAUACUGCUACGGCCAUGCGAGAUGUUAUCUUUUACCCUUAUCACACAUUUAUGGACGAUAUCUUUGAAGCCCACAAGUGAACACUUCCGCCUUAUCAACUCUCAGGGGUAAUUUAGACUUCAGUUUUAAUGACGUGCGUGCUCAAUUAUGUAAUUAAUGAAUGAAUUAAAUGUUCUUCAGGGAGAUUGGCCUUUGGUAUUUGACGGCGUUGAGGUUCUCAAUGUCAAAGUGGUUGCACCUGGCCUACCUGCAAACAGUUUAGAAACAUUUUGGAGUGAAAGACAAUUUGAUUUGUCUCGAGGUCUCGAUUUUAAUAGAACUGCUGUUCAAGGGCCCAUUUUAACUUGCAUACGACAUUUGGAUCAUCGAUUCAUCUCGAUUUCCAGUAUCAAUUCACUGUGGAUAGUCAACGUGCUCGACGUGCAACGUUCCGAAUUUAUCUCGCCCCCAGAUUUGAUGAGAAGGGUCGGCGUUACGUUUUGGAAGAACAGAGACGGAGAUUCUUUAUUUUA